UGCGCAUGCGUUCUUGUACCUUAACGACAUGAACGGUUGUUUCCAUUAGCAACCGUGAUUCUUAGCGGAAUAAAGUAUUUUUCAAAGACUGAAACAUGUCGUUCGUCCAUGAUGAGACAUCUGCAGAUCUCCCUGUCAGAGACAUCGCUGUCAAUCUGUCCCGCCUCGCCGAUGCUCCUCAAGAUCCGUCUGUGCAUCAACACGCUCGGGAGCGGCUGAACGUGGGGAAGCUGUCCAGGGAGGAGCUGGAGGACCGCUUCCUGCGAGUCCAUGAGGAGACGCUGCAGCUGAAGCUGCACAUUCACAAACAGGAUGAAAAGAUUAAGAAGUUGGGAACAAAGCUGAUGAAGCUGGUGAAAGACCGCGGGCGGAUGGAGCAGCUGGCUGCAGGACCAGCACAGCCUCCAUCCAGGUUCCGAGAUGUGGAGAUGGAGGAGAUGGUGGAGGAGCUCCAGGAGAAGGUCAGAGGGCUGCAGGCGGAAAAAGAGGGGCUGAAACAGCGCCUCCUGGUGGCCAAACACCAGCUCCUCAACUCACAGGGCAGACGGCAGACGCAGUAUGAGCACGUGCCGUCCCGGGUGAACUCUGGCAUGAAGAAACUCCGAGAUGAUUCCUCAUCUCUAUCACCUGCUCGUCACAGAAGUAUGCGGAGCUCGGAAGGCCAUGGGAGGCCUCCAACCGGCAAGCUGCCUCGAUACGGACACAGCCUGCUUGAGGAGGCGAGGGCCGAGAUCCGUAACCUAGAGAACGUGGUGGAGUCUCAGCAGAGUCACAUGGAGGAGCUGGAAGCUGCGGCAGAGCGGCUGAGGGAGAAGAUGAGGAGGAAGGAGGAGGAGUUCGAGGAGAAGCUCCUGCAGGCCCGACAGCAGCAAACUUCCACUCUUAGGUCACAGGUCAAUAGCAACACGUCGAUGAUCAGGCUGCAGAAGCAGCUGGCCGACAGAUUCAACUCCGUGACGGAGCUGGAGGGCCGGUAUCAGCUGCUUCAGGAGGCUCAGCAGACGCUGAAGGCGAGCAACGAUGCAGCGCUGGCGAAGGUGGACGAUCUGAAGGCUCAGCUAAAAGACGAGAGGAUGAAGAAUCUGGAGAUGGACAGUAAACUGCAGAUGGUCAACAUCAACAAGAUCAUGGUGGAGCAGUUACAGGAGCGGAUCAGUGACCUGGAGCAGGAGAGGGAGCUGCUGAAGGAGAGCAACAAGGACCUACUGGAAAGCGCCUUUGAUGUUUCCCAGCAGCAGAAGUGGCAGCUUCAGGAGCAGCAGCUGAAGCUGCAGAUCGUUCAGCUGGAGACGGCGCAGAAGGCCGACCUCGCAGACAAAAACGAGGUCUUGGACAGGAUCAAGACUGAGAGAGAUAAAAACCAGCAGCUGACAGAAGAGAAUCAGAAGCUUCAGAUGAAGUUCCUGGAACAGAAGCAGGAAGUAGAGGAGCUGAAGGAGCGGCUGAAGUUCUACGGCAGGGAGAAGGACUACAGCGCGGCUGAACUCACAGAGGCCCUGCUGCUGAUUAAAAAGCGGAAGUCCCAGAAAAGCGGAGAUCUGAGCUUCAUGGCUGAGGUGGACGAGGACGGGAGAUCCGUCAGAGAGCUGAGAGCCGCUCACGCUGAAACUAUCCAAGAACUGGAGAAGACCAGAAACCUCCUAAACAUGGAGAGCCGGAUCAGUAAAGACUACAAGGCGGAGCUGGAAGCCGCUCUGAGGAAGAUGAGCAGUGACAAAGCUGAGUUUGAGCAGACGCUGGCGCGUCAGGCUCAGCUGCUGGAUGCCAGAGCUGCCAGGAUCUCCAAGCUGGAAGAUCAGCUCAGAGACGCUGCUUACGGCACCAAGACUCAAGUCUUCAAGGCAGAGCUGACGGAGGAAGAUGAGUCGGAUGAAGCCGUCAAUCUGGAGCGUGGAGAGAACCUCCUGGAGCUGCAGAUAGUCGGAGCCACACUGUCUCCUUCCGCUCUGAAGGUUCUCAACGACGAAGAUCCCUAUACCUUCUGCACCUACUCCUUUUACCUGUUCGAGCCGCACUCCACCCCAGUGAUGAGUGGCCGCUGUCCUAGAUACGGUUAUACCUCCAAGUACGUGGUGAGCAUGGACGACCCCUUCAUGGACUACCUGCACAGGGGCUCCGUCACGGUGGACCUGCAUCAGGCGCUGGGAGUGGACUGGAGGACGCCGGCGGCAGCUCAGCUCAGGCUGCAUCAGCUGCUGGAACAGGAAGGAAAGGUUUUCGGCAGCAUCCCACUGUGGAGCCACCAGGGGGUGGCCAUGGCCACGCUGUGUGAUACCCUGGCCACCCCACUGGCCAGUGGCGGAGCGGAGGCUUUAGACAGCCAGCAUUUCCCAUGGACCCCAAGGUCCAACAUGAUUAUCGUUGCUUAUGUUAAAGAUUCUUCUCUGCUCAGCAGGUUUCUUCCCAUUUUUAUCAUUAUCUGCCUUCUGCAGCUGACCGUCACCAGCAGGAAUGAGCUCCUCAUCACUGUCCAGCGUUGCAGAGACCUUUGGUCCAGGAGCGCCCAGCAGCCCAGUCCCUACAUCGUCUACAAGUUCUUUGACUUUCCUGAUUAUCCCACGGCCACUGUGGACGACUGCUGCCACCCCGAGUUCAGUGACCAGAAAUCCUACCCCAUUCUGAUGGAUGGAGACCUGGACCGGUACCUGAAGACUGAGGUGCUUCAGUUCUACGUGUUCGACUUCAAGGAGGAGCAGAUGGACACAUAUGUGGGAAAAGCCAGAGUACCGCUGCUGCCUCUGACCAGAGGUCAGGAGGUUUCAGGGCUGUUUGAGCUUGCUGAUCCUGAGGGGAGACCUGCUGGCUCCUUAGAGGUGAUGCUGAGGUGGAUGUUUGUCUACCGUCCCUCACCAGGGGUCAACAUGGCAGCUGAGGAGUCUGGAUUGUUGUCACAGCUUCAUCCCCGUCAGCGGGUUGAUCCUAAACUCGAAGAGGGGAAAGCUGAGAUGGAAAAGAUGGAUGACCAUCUGGAAGAUGAUGAGGAGAAGCUACAGGAGGAAGAGGAGGAGCUCAAGAACCUCAACGCCGCAGCUGCUUCUGAAGUGGCGCCGCACAGAACCAGAGGACAGAAGACUCAGGACAGGGAUGGAGCAGGGGCCAAAAGAGUCACGUUUGUGGGCGUGACGCCUGCAGAGGAUGAGGUGAAGGAGGGAGCUCCAGCAGAGAGUCUAUCAGAGAAACAGAACACAACCUUCACCCCUGAUGUCCAGGUGGCAUCCAGAACCCCUCAGAGUACAACAGAAGACGGCCAUGAUGAUGCUGAUGAUGAUGAGGAAGAGUCUCAUGUUUCUGAGGGGCAGCUGGUGGCGAGCGCUCAGUCAUACUCUGACGACUCUGACAUCACCGAGGAAAUCACUGAAGAUGUGGAGGAAGGUCCAGCAUCUGCGGGCCCUCAGAGAGAGUCCACACAGUCCGACAGCGACGACUGCAUCGUUCAGGGACAGGCCUCAGGGAGAAAGCUUUCUGAGCGAGUCCGGGUGGAGGUGGUCUCUCUGAGCCUGGCGCCGCGGUCCCGGCUGGCGCGGGACGACAGCGUGGUACGGCUGUUUGUGGAGUACAACUUCCUGGAUCUGCCCACUGAGGAGACCCCCCUGUCUCUGCCCAAACCCCCCCUGGGUCGCAGUAUCAACUUCAACUACAGCAAAGUGAUUCCUGUGGAUGCAGAGAACAACAGAGCGAGGCGGCGACUGCUGAGGGAAGUCCUGCGCGGACGGAACGCUCAGAUGGAGAGGAUCCAGUUCACGGUGGUGAGCGAGCCGCCGGAGGAAGAGGAGCAGGAGAGGGAGUGUGAGGAUGUGGGCGUGGCCUACCUGAGGAUCCCUGAGGUGGUGGAGAAGCAGGAGGACGUUGUGGAGGCCAGUCUGAACGUGCUGGACGUGGAGGACAGCAGCGAGGUGGUGGGCCAGCUGACCGUGUCCUUAGAGGGCCUGGAGGCUCUACGGGCCAUCAUGGAGGACCAGGACAAGGAGUGAAGCUGCAACUGCUUUUAUUUUCAGGAGAUAUUCUCUAUUCUGCUCUGUCUGAGAAUAAAGAGAGAUUCAGGUUGGCACGCUUUGGUCUGCUGUGAUUCUGAAGGUCCUGCUGAAUAUUCCACCACAGGAGACUUUAAUGUGUCUGGUUGGAGCAGAGAUCCGUCUGUUGCUGGAUCUUUCUGGACUCAGCUCCAGAACUAUGACGACCCAUCAGGAAACCAUCCAGCAGCUGCCAGUGGAUCGGGUCGGUCCUGAAUGUAUCAGAACUCAGGAAAAAGCUGAAUCUC